GCAUAGCCCUUCCAUGAACCGGUCUGCCAGCUCGGCCUCUAAGUAUGGGGUUAUAGUUCGUUCUGGGGGGUUCAUCGAGGACAAAACUGUUGUGCUAUCUCCGGAUAUUCUUGCCGGUCUAGCCGCUGCUCCCGGUCAUGCUGAAGAGCACUGGCAGCCGCAGAAUGAUGUUCUGAGGGGUGAGUCUAUCCUUUUUGACCGUCCUAAAGACGGAGGUACACUGGGCUACCGGUCUCUGCGCCAAGUUGUUACACCCGCCGACGGUAUGCCCCAGGAGAUUGAGACGCCGGCUGCACAGUUGAUGCAUGACCUGUACUCGGUGACGCAAUCUGCUACCGAGCUUGUGGAGUGCUAUCGGAGCUAUCAGCGUCGUUUAAAACGAUCGCAAGCUGAGAAAGAGAAGCUUCAGACGGACCUUGCUGAAUUGGUCAGGACUGAAGGUGACUGCCGGAAGGAGAUUGCGAGACUUGAGCUGGAUGUUAUUGCCGCAGGCAAUAGGAAGGCUGAACUAGAGCUUCUUCCAGCCAAGUUGACGGCCGAAGAGCAGAAGACGGCUGAGCUGCAGAUCAAGCUGGAUGCGGCGCUGCAGGCGGCCCAAGAUGCUGAGAAAGCUGCUAAGGAUGAUCGCAAGGCUGUGGCGCUGAAGGCUGUGCAGAAAUUUAUGAAGUCUGACUUCUACUGCGAGGAGAUGAAGGGGCGCUACAAUGGUGGGUGGACUGCAGCUCAUCGUUGUGCCGUCAAAGCCUUGACGCUGACUGAGGAUGCCUGGGGUAAGGUGGAGGGAUCCUAUGAAGAGGGUGGCCAUAUUGAUCCGACUGGCAUGGAGACCCAGACCUUCCCAGACAUCGUCAUUCAGAAUGCUGACCCUCGCCUUCUGCCCGACAGGGAGAUUCCCGAGUCUGCUUACUGGAGUGAUGCAGACUACUCAGCUUGACGGUCUUGGCAGUCAUCACCAGGCUCUUCCUGUGGUUCUUCCAACAGUUUUUUCCGGCCUCAUACUUGUUAAUGUCUGUUGGUAGCUUUUGAAUAUCAUUUAGCGGAUGUAACUUAUAAACAAUUUCCUUUUUUGGUACCUUUUAGCUGUUUGUGGCACUUUGUCUUUUGCCGUGUGUUAACUGUUUCAAGAACGUUAUUGUCGUCUUG